UUGUCGUGCCACGUUGAUGGACAGCACAGCAGUGGGGACGUGGAGCUCCGUCCAUCUGCAGACAAACCUCACACAAACCCUCGGAUCUCAUAAAGUUAUCCUGCUAAUUCACUCUAGCGCUCGCGUUUGUGCGUGGAUGAGUCUGUGUGUGACCGCAAGAGAAGGAUGAAGCUAAAAGAAAUUAACCGAACAGCUAUGCAGGCCUGGAGUCCAGCGCAACAGCACCCCAUCUAUCUGGCAGCAGGUACGUCGGCCCAGCAGCUCGAUGCCACCUUCAGCACCAGUGCAUCUCUGGAGAUCUUCGAGCUGGAUCUGGCUGAUCCCACUUUAGCCAUGAAGUCCUGCGGCUCUUUCUCCUCUCCGCACAGAUACCACAAACUAGUCUGGGGUCCACAUGGCAUUGAAGACCAGAGUUUGCCAUCAGGUGUCCUGAUCGCUGGAGGAGAGAACGGCAACAUCAUCCUCUAUGACGCCUCCAAAAUCAUUGCUGGAGACAGUGAAGUGAUCAUUUCCCAGAGCGAGAAACAUACGGGACCAGUAAGAGCUCUCGACGUCAACUCGUCUCAGACAAACCUUGUCGCCUCUGGGGGAAAUGAGUCAGAAAUCUACAUUUGGGAUUUGAACAACUUAAGCUCCCCAAUGACGCCAGGACCCAAAACACAGCCCCUAGAGGACAUCAGCUGUGUUGCGUGGAACAAACAGGUGCAGCACAUCCUGGCCUCGGCCAGUCCCAGCGGAAAAGCUUCGGUCUGGGAUCUGAGAAAGAACGACCUGAUCAUCAAAGUCAGCGACCACAGCAACAGGAUGCAUUGCUCUGGUCUGGCCUGGAACCCAGAGGUGGCCACUCAGCUGGUUCUGGCGUCUGAAGACGACCGAAUGCCCAUCAUCCAAAUGUGGGACCUGCGCUUUGCCACCUCCCCUCUCAAAGUGCUGGAGAGCCACACAAGAGGUGUUUUGGCCAUAGCCUGGAGUGAAGCAGAUCCAGAGCUGCUCCUGAGCUGUGGGAAAGAUAACCGGAUCCUGUGCUGGAACCCCAACACGGCUGAGGUCCUGUAUGAGCUGCCCACCAGUACUCAGUGGUGUUUUGACAUCCAGUGGUGUCCCAGAAACCCAGCUGUGCUGUCUGCUGCUGCCUUUGAUGGUCAUAUCAGCAUCUACUCCAUCAUGGGAGGAAGCAAUGACAACGCCAUUACUUUACAGGCCGAACAGUUAAGUAGUUCAUUUGGAAAUAUGGAUCCUUUUGGUACGGGCAAGAUGCUGCCGCCUUUACAGCUGCCUCAGACCGCCCCGUCCCAGAGCACCGUCACACCUCUCAAGAAACCCCCCAAAUGGAUCCGAAGACCAGUUGGAGCGUCUUUCGCUUUUGGUGGAAAACUGGUCACUUUGGACAACAUCAAGCCAGCGGCCCAGCAGCCCCAGCAGACUGCUGCCCAUGUGGUUCAUAUCAGUCAGGUUGUGACAGAAACAGAUUUCCUUGAUCGAUCGAACCAACUUCAGGCAACACUCACUGCAGGAAAAUUCCUUGAGUACUGCGAAACCAAGAUUGAAGCUGCUCCGAGUGAAUUUGAGAAGACCGUCUGGUCUUUUCUGAAGGUGAACUUUGAAGAAGAUGCACGAGGGAAAUAUUUGGACCUUUUGGGAUACAAGAAGGAAGAGCUCGCUUUAAAGAUUGCAUCAGCAUUAGAAAAGAACUGCAAAUCUGAUGAGGCCGAUGUGCUUUCACUCAUAUCUUCUUCCACACCUCACCAUGAUGCCGCUCCUGUUCCCGUGACAAACCCUGUGCCUGACCCUGUUUCUAAGCAUGAACCAGUCCUUGAAACUGAACCCAUUGCUGUGUCGGCUCAGCCUCAGCUCGAGCCAGAAUAUCCAAGUCCUCCAAACCUUGAGUCUGUGAAUGAACCUUUGCUUGAGCCCACAAUUGUCCCCAGUGCCAGAACCCAGAAACCUCAGUCACAGCCCUCAGUGGACUUCACCCCACCAGUAGAUCUCACCUACUCCUUUGAGCAGACACCUGUAUCCACACCCACAUCACAGGUUGAUUCUUCUGGUCAAAUGAUGGUCACACUCUUUGAACCUCAGCAUCUGGGAUCUUCAGAUCUGCUGUUACCUCCUCAAUCUGCUGCUGCGAUGGUGCCACAAGAGUCUCUUCCUUCAUGUGCACAAACAGCUGAGUUUCAGCAAUCUAUGCCAGGCAAUCACCAAGCAUCUGGUGCAGUGCAUUCUGGACCAGUGCUGCCAGCUGAACCUCUUGAGUCUACUGUUGAUUUACAACAGCCAGCAUCUGAUGUGAUGCCACCAUGUAGUAGCUCUCAGCCGCUGGCCGCUCUUGGCCUUUCUCCAGAUAUCUUGCCUCAAGAAGCCAUGAGCUUGCAAACUCCAGUUGACUCCCAACCACCUGCACCAAAAUUUGAUUUGAUGACGCAGCAUCCUGUUUCUGAGACUGAUCUUCUGAGUACCAGUGAUUGCCGGCCUGUGCUACAUGUCGAAGAGGUUUCUGGUUGUGGUGACCCAAAUAAAUCCAGGGCAACAGAGGCAGCGACACUGGAGGAGGUUGAGAAGAAAAGCACUGUCGUGGAAGAAGAAGAGCCGCCUGCCGCUGAGACAUCGGACCUAGACGAGAUUCCUUUUGAAGAUGAAGAACCUGCUGCUGAGGAGACGUCCAACACAGACAUUACUCCAGCUCCUACUUCAGACACCGUUAACCUCAAAGUUAGCCAGGACGUUGAUGGGCUGAUGACCCAGGCACUGCUGACUGGCGAUUACGAAGCUGCUGUUAACCUCUGUCUGCAUGAUAACCGAAUGGCUGACGGCAUCAUCCUGGCUAUUGCUGGCGGUCCCGAGCUUCUGGCAAAGACUCAGAAGAAAUACUUCAGCAAAACUCAAAGCAAAAUCUCUAAGCUCAUUAGUGCUGUGGUGAUGAAGGACUGGUCGGACAUUUUGGAGACAUGUGACCUGCAGAACUGGAAGGAAGCUCUGGCUGCAGUAAUGACUUAUGCAAAGCCAGAGGAGUUCUCCUCACUCUGUGGUCUGCUGGGCUCCAGGCUGGAGGCUGCCGAGGACACGGCACUGCAGGCUCAGGCCUGUCUCUGCUACAUCUGCGCAGGCACGGUAGAGCAGCUGGUUGCCUACUGGGCCAAAGCUCAGGACUCCUGCAGCCCGCUGGCACUGCAGGAGCUGGUUGAGAAGGUGGUGGUCCUGCAGAGAGCUGUGCUGAGAGCACAGGGUGGUGUUUCUCCUGAUAUGGGUGCACUGCUGGCAGAGAAGAUGAAUCAGUACACCAGUCUGCUGGCAUCACAGGGCAGCUUACAGAUGGCCAUAUCCUACCUGCCCACCAACACUCAACAGGUUGCUGUGGAUCAGUUGCGUGAUCGUCUGAGCAGAGCUCUGGGUCAGCAGCAGCAGUCUGGAGUGAGGCAGACGCUUCCCGCCGCUGUACCAGUGCAGACAUACACACAACCUCAACCUCCACAGGUCCCCGCGCAGCCCGCCGCACACACUCAGUAUUACCCACAGGGUAGAUCCGCCUCUACUGUCACGUCCUGGAGUAACCAAACCCCUACAGCUCUGCCCAGUGUCCCUCGCCGGCUCGUGCCUGCCGCUGACCCGCAGGUGGAGUCCUCCGCUCCAGUCUUUGGCCUUCAGUCUCCAGUGAGCGCCUCCGCUCCCUUCAUGUUCUCCCAGCAGUACCAGAACUAUCCUCCUGCUCAGCAGUUCAUGUCUGCCGCCGGGACUCCUGGCAUCUAUCAGCCUCUUCAGUACUCUUCUUCUACGGCUUCUCCUCUUCCUCCUCCACCCUCCUCCUCCUCCUCCUCUGCCGCUGCUGUCUAUCCUCCACAGUUCAUGCACCCUGCCUCCUCUCAGCCAGCAGCUCCUCCUGUGAUUUCUGGGCCUCCUCAGGGAGGCCAGCCUUUCUCUCCUCCUCCUCUCUCUUCUGGCGUGUCUUUCCAGCACGGUGGGCCGGGGUCGCCCACGGCUUAUCUUCCUCCUCCGGUCGCCAGAGCUCCAGGUAUUCAGACUGAACCCGCACUGUUUCCAGCCUCCCAGAGAGCAGGAGGAUUAAAUCAAGACUCAGCCUGGUCUUUGGAAGGACCUCAGAACGGCUGGAACGAUCCUCCCGCACUCAACAGAGCUCCCAAAAAGAAGAAGAUGCCAGAAAACUUCACUCCACCAGCCCCCAUUACAGCACCCAUCAUGGCCCCUCUAGGAGACCCUCAGGUCCCUGCUGCCCAAACCAUGCAGACCCUUCAGCCGCAACAACAGGGUCCAGAUCAGCCUGUGGGCCCAGCCACCUUCAGCCCCAUCCAGCAGCAGCCACUGGGACCCCCGGGCAGAAACCCCAGCAUGCCUCGGGGCAACAUGGAGGGUGCGCCUGGAGCGCCAAUUGGAGAUGUCAUAAAGUCCAUACCGACUGAGAAGAUCACUAAGAAGCCAAUCCCUGAGGAGCACAUGGUUCUGAAGACCACUUUUGAGGGACUGAUCCAGAAAUGCUUGGCUGCUGCUUCAGACCCGCAAACCAAGAGGAAGUUGGAUGAUGCUCAUAAGAGGCUUGAGUAUCUCUAUGACAAGCUGAGAGAGCAAACACUGUCUCCAGCUAUUGUCGGUGGUCUGCACAAUAUGGCCCGCAGCAUCGAGUGCCGCUGCUACAGCGACGGACUCAACAUCCACACACACAUCGUGAGCAGCAGCAACUUCAGCGAGACGUCUGCCUUCAUGCCCAUCCUGAAGGUGGUGCUGACGCAAGCCAACAAACUGGGUGUUUGAUAUCCACCGUCUGUAACACACACACACCAACAAGUAUUCCCACACCCCUCAAGCCAUCAUUCCAGGACCAGAUGUGCAUAUACUUAACCGAUUCUUUGUUUUAAUGUUGUUGCUAUUAUUACAUAUUUGUAAUCAUGGCAGAGCAGAGUGCAAUAGGGCUUUCCCCUUUUACGUCUCCAGUUUUAAUGGUAAAUUAGCUUCAUAAAAUGAAAUGCGAGUUUUAUGCUUUAGUGAAGAAUAGCGGCAAGCUAAUCGUUUCCAGUGCACCGUGCAUCAUUCUUAAUUUAUGCUGUUCAUUUGGCAUUAUUAGUUUGAUUUUUAAGAUGUUUACGAUUAUCGCAGCUCCUCUGCAUUUCAAUUUAUUUUCUGUGAAUCUUCUUUGAUUUACGUUAUGACAUCAUUUCUGCAGAUGAAGUUUGGAUAUGGCAUCAAUGUAACGAUAAAAAAAAAUUGCAGUGAAUUUUUAUUUAAGCAGUUUAUUUGAUUUAGUAUUUGGCAUUCGUACAAUUGGAAAUUCGCGAUUAAAUCUUGAUUUAUGUUUGUUUCAUAAUAAUGCUGCCUGUCUUUAUUGUACAUCACUACAUGUUUUAGACAUCUUUUCAGAUCAUGCUUCUGAAACAAAGGGGCAAACAAAUUGUGUGGG